AUGAAUGUUAAUAUGAAGGAAUCGAAGGGCAACGAAGAAAUAACAUUGACGGAGUUGAUUGAGCAAUCACCAAGGUUUGCUAAAAUCAGGCAUAAACUUUCGAAGCAUAAAAAGGGUUCUACUGAAUAUUAUAAGACGCUUCAUUCGAACUUAGCGCUAGCGAAAAACACUGAUUUUAAAGAGUAUAUCAAACAUCAGGGUGUGCCUGUGGCUGGUACAGAGAGGACCAAGGGUUUCAGUGCUGUUUACAGGAACAGUCUUUACCCGGAAAAGUUGGUGUCAGCUAUUGAUAGUUCUCUGGACACUGGUUACAAGUUAUUCACUGUAGCAGCACAGACUUAUCCGAACAACGAUUGUCUUGGAGAAAGAGUGUUUGACAAGGAGACAGGGAAGUGGUCGGAUUACUAUGUAUGGGAGUCGUAUUCGCAGGUGCAACAGCGGUCCAGAAAUCUUGGUGCUGGGAUCUUGUCGUUGGUAAAUCAGAGACGUGGGAAACCGCUAGACUCUACCGGGUUUAUUGUUUCGAUAAUGUCAACGAACAGAAAGGAAUGGAUCUUGACAGAUUUGGCGUGUCAGUCGUUCAGCCUUCCAAACACGACAUUGUAUACUACAUUGGGGGAAGAAACAUCUGAGUAUAUCAUGAAUCUGACCGAAUCUCCUGUGCUUGUUCUCCAGGCCUCUAACUUGCGUAAAAUCAUCUCGUAUCUUCCUCGGAUGAAACACGUUACCACCUUGAUCAGUAUGGACGACUUGAGCGAAAACGAGUUGAAAAGCAUUAAUGAUAACUUCUUGACGAAUGUGAAGCUCUUUUCCUUGAAACAAGUUGAGCAGAUUGGGGCAUUGCUCAAAAUUGACCCUAUUCCUCCAACUCCAGAUUCUUUGUAUACCAUCUCUUUCACUUCAGGUACCACGGGCCAACCGAAGGGUGUAGAAUUGACUCACAAACACUAUGCAGCAGCCACAGCGUUUGCGAAAACGAACUUCGACCUCACUUCGGCUUCUUCUGAUUUGGUAAAGCAAAAACAACACUAUGAGCUUUGCUUCCUACCAUUGGCUCACAUCUUUCAGAGACAGAUCACCUCGUUGUCGUUGUCGUCUGGAUUUGGAUGUGGGUUUAUGCAUAUUCCAGAUCCGAACUAUCUCACAGAAUGCUUGCGUAUACUAAAACCUACAAUUAUGGCCGUGGUUCCUCGAAUCUUGACCAAGAUGGAAUCUGGCAUCAAAAACUCUUUGAAUAGUGAUGAAGUAUCUUUUAUCUCGAAGAACAUUGCCCACAAUAUCUUGGAUGCGAAAUUGACGCGUUUCCAAAAUCGCGGUGGUCCUGACGAUUCCUUCAUCAACACACUAGUAUACCACAAGGUAUUAAUUGAUAAAAUCAGACACCAAUUAGGUUUCGACAAUUUAGAGUCCAUGGUUGUUGGAUCCGCCCCAGUUUCAAAUGACACAUUGAUGUUCAUGAGAAGUUGUUUGGAUGUUGGAAUCAAGCAAGGUUACGGAUUGACUGAAACUUUUGCUGGUUUCUGCAUCUCUGAAACCUUUGAGCGCGACGUCGGUUCCUGUGGCGCUACUGGUGUGACAUGCGAAGUGCGGUUAAAAUCCGUUCCAUCGAUGGGGUAUGAUGCUGAAAAAGAGCUCAAGGGCGAAAUUUUGACGAGGGGCCCUCAGGUCGUUACUAGUUACUAUAAAAAUCCAACUGCUUCAAAAGAAGCGAUUGACGAAGAAGGUUGGUUCAGUACAGGGGAUAUUGGCUAUAUCGAUCCGAAGGGUCGUUUGCACAUUAUUGAUCGAGUGAAGAAUUUCUUCAAACUUGCUCAAGGCGAAUAUAUAGCACCUGAAAAGAUCGAAAACAGCUAUCUAUCGAGUUGUCCAGAGCUUACUCAGAUCUACGUUCAUGGAAACUCUUUGGAGACAUAUUUGGUUGCUAUUGUUGGGAUUGAUCCGAUUGCCUUGAAGGAGGCUCUCGCCAGACACUAUGGUGUGGACUUAAAGGGCGAAUCCAUCUCAGAGCUUGUAUCUUCAAUCAACUCUGAUAGACCCCUCAAGCUCAAAAUCUUGAAGCUCUUGAAUCACCGUCUCUCUAAGUUACAAGGGUUCGAAAAAAUUCAUAACAUCACUGUUGGAAUAGAGCCAUUGAAAAUCGAAGAUGACAACGUUACUCCAUCAUUCAAGGUGAAGAGAAAUAACUGCGCCAAGUUCUUCGAGAAAGAGAUCAGAGAUAUGUAUAACGAGGGCUCUUUAAUUAAACCCAACAAAUUAUGA